AAAUAAAAAAGACUUCUUCCGAAAAAUCGUAUCAUUCAACAGACAUUGUUUCUACAACUUUACAGCAAUCUUCCCCAGAAACAAGUCCCACAAUUCAACAAACAGAGACAUCACCAGAAACAAGUCCCACGAUUCAACAAACAGAGACAUCACCAGAAACAAGUCCCACAAGUCAACAAACAGAAACAUCGCCAGAAACAAGUCCCACAAGUCAACAAACAGAGACAUCACCAGAAGCAAGUCCCACUAUUCAACAAACAGAGACAUCACCAGAAACAAGUCCCACAAGUCAACAAACAGAAACAUCGCCAGAAACAAGUCCCACAAGUCAUCAAACAGAGACAUCACCAGAAACAAGUCCCACAAUUCAACAAACAGAGACAUCACCAGAAACAAGUCCCACAAGUCAACAAACAGAGACAUCACCAGAAACAAGUCCCACUAUUCAACAAACAGAGACAUCACCAGAAACAAGUCCCACUAUUCAACAAACAGAGACAUCGCCA